CAAUAAUAACAAUACAAAUGCAAUUCAAAAACGACUUUUGAAAAAAUCAGAAAAUAUUUUCAUUGAUUCAUACGUUACGGUAUCGGCAAUAGUGGACAACCAACCGAUUAAUCGACCAAUCAAUAGGAUAGCAACGCAAUGACAAUGACUUUGAAUCAGUCGAUGCACGCGCGCAAUAUUUACCGACAGCGGCCAAACUUUGCCGAAAUGGCCAAAUCGUUUCCGUCGUUUGCUCCGUACGUGCGGACAGAUCUGAGAGGCCGGUCGAGUGUUGACUACGAUGACUGUCGCGCACUACGAGAGCUAACAAAAACGCUACUAAAGAAAGACUUUGAUCUUGACGUUGAUAUACCUGAAGACCGACUUAUACCGACUGUUCCGCAGCGACUAAAUUAUCUGCUGUUUGUCGAAGAUUUGGUCACUAAAUUGAAAAGUUUUGGAACAGCCAUCGCUUCUCCUGACACUCGACUUCCCACAGAAGUGAUCGGUCUCGAUGUCGGCACCGGCUGUUGCGCUAUCUUUCCGCUGAUUGGAUGUACGCUCAACAAAGAUUGGCAUUUUGUGGCCGUCGAUGUGGACCAGCUUUCUAUACAAUCGGCGACAUAUAAUGUCAGCAGAAAUGGUUUAAAUGACAGAAUUAAUGUCAUUGAAUGCGACGAAGAAAACAGUUUUGAGCCAAUCGUCCAACAGAUGACUAGUAAAGGCAAGAGAAUAAACUUUUUGAUGACUAAUCCGCCGUUUUUUGGCCACAAAUACGAGAAUGAGUUUGACACGAGUGGUGGCGAUAAAACAGAUCUCCAGAUGGACGAUGAAGUCAAGUCUACGAAAGAUAGUUCCAAGUUUGCAACAAAAGCCCAACAGAUAUGCCAUUUCAGACAUAAAUCUACGGCCAACACAUCCAUUACAAUUGAAUCAGUUGUCGACGGCGGCGAAGUUGAGUUCGUGUUGAAGAUAAUCGAAAGGAGUUUAAGAUUAAGAGACAAAGUGAUGAUCUAUACGACAAUGUUGGGCAAGAAAAGUAGUCAAAAACAAUUGAAGUAUAUUAUUAAUAAACACAUCCAAAAUGGUGACAUUCAAAGUGCGGUCUAUACCGAAUUUUGUCAGGGAGUUACCAAACGGUGGGGCAUUGCGUGGACACUAGUAUUGGGACUUAAUCUACGGGAAGUUCCGGUCAUAAAAAUGCCUAAACAGAAAAAAACUCCAUUAAUUUACUAUUUUCCACCACUGAUGGAAACUGUUGAAUAUACAAUGGAAGCGAUUGGUGAUAAAAUUGAAUCACUUCUUAAAGACGAUAUUAAAUUGGAAACAUUUACAGUCGAACGAAAUAAGAAGAAAAUCAAAUUUCUGAUCAAAUCGGAUGUCAAUGUCUGGAGUCAUCAGCGAAAGAAAAGGAGAGAAGCAAAGCGUCGAAUCGAAAGCGAUUCGUUAACUGAUAAGUCUUCGCAAACCGUAAUGAAUGAUGUUUGCAACCCUCACAACAAAAAUGAUUUAUUAAUGGUUGGCAAUGGAAGGACAGAGAUUAUGUCACCUAAAAAACGGUGUUUAAGUGAUAUGGAAUGCGAUGAUAACGAUGACAACGAGAUGAAUGACCAUCAAAUAGAUGUUAAGAAAAAUAAGACAAUAGUUAAAGAACUUUUGGGACACAAAAAGUAUUUAUUGGACGCAAGUCUUGUUAUCAAACGAGACAAACAAUCAAUUCUUAUGGAAAUGCAGACCAAAGAGUUGGCCACAAGUAAAGAAUCUACUCAUCAACUCUUUCUAUAUUUCAAGAAUAUUCUUAUAUAAAAAACAGUCUGAUAUUUGUCAUUACCGGUAAUAUUCAUUAACUGUAAUUACCAAUUGAUUUGUCAUUUAAAUAAUUACCGUUUAUUUAUGU